GAGUACAAUAGAAAAUUCUUGUGUACAACGCCCUAUGUCCUUUCGAUUCGUCCAAAAUAAAAUAAAUUUGUGAGGGUUCCUUACCCAUUUGCAACCAUAUUAUAGUGACAUAGCCAUAUCAUGAACCUUCCAAAGCUAUUGCUUACCUUGAUAUCAUUCUCCUCCUUCAUUUCUUGUGUUUUCACCCUAAAAUGUAAAGACCACAAAUGUGAUUCAACCCGUUUAGGAACCAUAAUCCAAUACCCUUUUCGAGUAAUCGAUCACCACCCUAUACCCUGCGGCUACCCUGGCUUCAACGUACAAUGCAAUGGAACAACCACAAAACUCGAGCUUCCUAACUCGAUCAUACUCGAAAUAGAAAAUAUACACUAUAAAGAUCAAAAGAUCGAACUUAGUGAUCCUAAUGGAUGCUUACCUUCGAAGAUUAUGUCUCUUAAUCUCUCGAAUUCUCCCUUAUACGCCAUGUAUUAUCAAGAAUACGCGGUGUUCAAUUGCUCGGGCUACUUUGAUACCGGGGAAUACAACCAAAGUAUGGCACAUGAGUUGAAGAAAGUUGAUUGCCUUAGCGAUUUUAGCUAUACUGUUUAUGCUGUAAAUUCUCAUUGGAGUGUUUCUCUUUUGUCAUCGAGUUGUCGAUGGGUUGGAAAUAUGAGUUAUCCGGAUGAAAAUCCUCUCGGAUCUUUUGUCUUGGAUCCUCUUAAUUACCCGUAUAUUACUCUUCAUUGGGAUAACCCGAGGUGUGGACCGUGUGCGAAAUUAGGCCGGCGUUGUCGUGUUAAGAGUGAUUUUGCUCAUGAAGUUGAAUGCACGUCGAGAUUAAUCCCAAUGACUAAUGACUUAACUGAGCGAGACAUCACACUUUCAUUAGUGAUCGUGGUGCCAGUGUUUAUAACUCUUGCUCUAUGUUUAAUAGGGUGGUUUCGAUUUGAAAAACAUAGAAAUGAACCACCUAUGGCACCUUCCAUCACAAUGAAUUAUACUACCACAACCGGAAUCAACCAAACCACAUUAGAUUCCUAUCCAAUGUUUGUCAUUGGUGAGAGCGGGCGAUUAAUCUUGUCCGAUGAUAAUACUUGCUUAAUAUGCUUGGCAGAAUAUAAGAUCAACGAUGUCUUGAAAAUCUUACCUCAUUGUCUACAUCGCUUCCAUGCUGUUUGUGUUGAUCAAUGGCUUAUUUGUAAUGGUACAUGUCCAACUUGUCGAAUUGUCCCAAGUUGAUGAGCAACCCCUCAAGAUCAAGAAUGAAUAACUUAUUGUUAAAUUUAGUAGUGAAUUCUGCCGAUUGUAUGCUUUCAUUAGAACUAUAAUCUCAUAAAUUAUGUACAAAUAUGAUAUGGACUAAAUGAAUUGGUGAAUAUAUGUUACUAGUAGUACACUCCAAUGUCUAUCAAAUAAACUUCUU